AAGAAAUUAAAGAAAGUUCGUAUUGUUUUCAGCUCCAUACUGAUUGUCGCAAGUUGCAGUUUCUUGCGAACUUUUUCCGGAAUGGGUGCUGAGCAUAAACCAGCAACCGAGGACGUAAAGAUGGACAUAUUUGAGGACGAUGAUGAAUUCGAGGAGUUCGACAUCAACCAAGAGUGGGAUGACAGGGUGGAAGUAAAAGAGGUGAAACAGCAGUGGGAAGAUGAUUGGGACGACCAUGAUGUCAACGAUGACUUCUCGCUGCAGCUGAGGAGGGAACUGGAGACCAGCGUGGUGAAGAGCUAAGUCCAGCAGCUACGGUGUUCCUC